GAAGAAGAAGAAGCAGAAAAAGAAGAAGCAAAAACAGCAGAAGCAGCACUGUUCCACCUACAACUAUCUAGUCUUCGAGUCUACGUCCUCUUUUGCCCACUGCCUGAGCUGGCUAUUGCCUUUACUCUCUUCAGCUCGUCCACUUCCACCUCUAUUUACCACCAGUUAUUUUCUUUUCACCAAAUACAUCUGCUAACCUCUUCACUCUGCUAUCCCAGACACUGUUCACUGUUCACUGUGCACUAUCCACCAUCUUCUACCACUCAGCAUGCAACGAUUCAUCACUAAUCCUCUCACAUCUUCCUGGCUCUUAAAUGCCUCCAUCCCAAUAGCUUCAACUGCGACUGCAUCAAUCCUAUUGAGAAAAAACCAAAAAUUUUUAAUAACAAAAAGAAAUUUCGUUUCCACUUCUUUACUCAGAAACAUUAAUGAUAAUUUCAACAAUAGUAACUUGAACAACAACCACCAAAACUCGAACAAUUUAAACAACUUGAACAAUAAUCUAAACAACAAUCUAAAGUCUUUACUAGCUUCAAAAGAACAAUAUGCAAACUCAAAUCUAUCAAAUCCAAUCAUCCAAGCUGAUUUUUAUAGAUUGUUACUAUCUUCAAAUUACCCCCAAGUCAUAAUAUCAAGAUUCGAAACUCCUGGAAUCGCUAAAAACAAUGAGUGUAUUAAUCUAUACAUAGAAGCCUUGAAGAAAACUGGUAACUUCAUUAAAGCUCAUAAUUUGGCCACUUCUUAUAAUUUACAACAAAACUCCUCAAACCAAAUCAACAACAACAACCCUCUCAACAAUAACAGCUCUCAAAAUAACAUCUUGGAUAACAAUACUAAUAUCCCUUUAAAUUCUUCUUUUGGUUCAAAACAUCUUCCUGUUCACGUCGUGAUAACAGAAUCGGGCUGGACCAUCUUAACAAAACUACUAAAACUAAUCAUCCCAAUCGGUUUCUUAACUUGGGCUGGUACUGAGGGCUUUUCAUGGCUAGUCGAGAAUGGCACCAUUUUCAAAAACUCAGAAAUUACUGAUAAAUCAAUCGAUGGCUCAACUUCAACCGUUAAAUUUGAUGAUGUUUGUGGUGUCGAUGAAGCAAGAGCUGAAUUGGAAGAAAUUGUAGAGUUUCUAAAAGAUCCCUCCAAAUUCACUGGCCUCGGUGGUAAAUUACCAAAGGGUGUUCUAUUAACUGGUCCUCCUGGUACCGGUAAAACAUUAUUGGCUAGAGCAACCGCUGGUGAAGCUGGGGUUCCCUUUUUUUUCAUGUCUGGUUCCGAAUUCGACGAACUAUAUGUGGGUGUUGGUGCUAAAAGAGUUCGUGAAUUGUUCUCUCAAGCCAGAUCAAGAGCUCCUGCAAUUGUCUUUAUUGAUGAAUUAGAUGCAAUUGGUGGUAAAAGAAAUCCAAGGGAUCAAGCCUAUGUAAAACAAACUUUGAACCAAUUACUAGUCGAAUUAGAUGGCUUUUCUCAAACCUCUGGUAUCAUUAUAAUCGGUGCUACAAACUUUCCUGAAUCCUUGGAUAAAGCUUUAACAAGACCUGGUAGAUUUGAUAAAAUCGUCAACGUUGAUUUACCCGAUGUUAGAGGUAGAACUCAAAUCUUAACUCACCACAUGAAAAAUAUAGAAAUUGGCUCCGACGUUGAUCCAACCAUUAUUGCAAGAGGUACUCCAGGCUUAUCUGGUGCUGAAUUGAUGAAUCUAGUCAACCAAGCUGCUGUUUACGCUUCCCAACAAAAUGCUCUAUCUGUUGAUAUGAACCAUUUCGAAUGGGCAAAAGAUAAGAUUUUAAUGGGCGCUGCAAAGAAAACAAUGGUCAUAACUGAAGCAUCAAGAAGAUCAACUGCCUUUCAUGAAGCUGGUCAUGCAAUUAUGGCAUUAUAUACCCCAGGUGCAACCUCCCUAUACAAAGCAACCGUUUUACCAAGAGGUAGAGCCCUAGGUGUAACCUUUCAACUACCUGAAAUGGAUAAGCACGACUUGACUUUCAAAGAAUGUCUCGCAAGAUUAGAUGUUGCAAUGGGUGGCAAAAUCGCUGAAGAAAUUAUUUAUACUCCAGAAAACGUCAGCACUGGUUGUAGUUCAGAUUUAAGUAACGCAACCGGCGUUGCAAGAGCAAUGGUAACCCAAUACGGUAUGUCUGAUAAAGUAGGUCCUGUCAAAUUAUCUGAUGAAUGGGAUUCUUGGUCUUCAAAAAUUAGAGAUAAUGCCGAUCAAGAAGUUGUUAGAUUAUUAAAAGAGAGUGAAGAAAGAACAAGAAAAUUAUUGAAUGAUAGAAAACUAGAAUUAACUAGAUUAGCAAAUGGUUUAAUGGAAUAUGAAACUUUGACAAAAGAUGAAAUCGAAAAAGUCGUUAAAGGUGAAAUAAUUGAGAAGGACAAAUUGGUAUCAAAUACUGUUAUUAAAGGAAGCGAUGAACGCGAUAAAAAAUAUAAAGAAACUUCAAAUAAACCUCCCUUUCCAGUAAUGGAACCGCAGGCUUGAUUUUCUUUAUUAUUAUUUAAAUAAAUAAAUAACAAAAGUAAAAAAAAUUAAAAAGAAAUUAAAAUUGGAAAAAAUUAAAAAUCA